AUGGGAUCAUUUGCUUCGAAACAGUCUGGGCGAAUAUUAGCGAAAACUGCAUCUACAAAUUUAAAUAAACCAAUUCAAAGGACUAAUGUUAACCCACUACCCCAAUCUCUGUCUCUGCCUCUGUCUCUGCCCCUGUCUCUGCCUCCUAGUGUGCAACAACAUCAGAGCACGAUUGAUCAAUUACACCACAAAAUUCCACAAGCACCUAUAAAUGGAGUCAUUUCUGAAGCAACAACUUUUUCAGAUGAUAGUUUAAACCAGACCAAAUCAAUUUUCAGAGCCAAUACAUCUACAUCCUUUGACCCAACUUUUUUACACAAGAAAAUCCAAGCUCAGUCUCACAGAGUUGUCGGAGGUAAAGAUGGUGGUGAUCCUCAUGAAAUGGGCACCUCGACUUACGAAUCAGCGGGGUUCAUAGAGUCCAUAAACAAAUUGGGAAAACAAAUAAAAACGCUGGAAUCUAAGAGUCCCCUUGACUACAAUGCUCUUUCUUUGAAACAACUACGAAAACGUAAGAAACUUUACGAAAUUGGUGAAAAAGAAAUCAAGGAUGAAAAAGCUACUAAAGAGACACAAAAUGAGACUAAAAAAACAAUGGUUCAUCCACAAACUCUUACUGCCAUCCUAAGAGACUUGAAAGAUGCCAGAUUCAGUAAAGAAUCGAUUACUAAACAUUAUCAGUUGGAUCCUCAGUUUCUAAAUGAAUUGGGAGACACUUUUCGCGUUCCAACAAAUCUGGUUCCCUUUGAUGAAGGUACAAAAGAGGGCGAAAUAGGGCAUCAGGUACCAGAACCAAAAAAUCUGGCUGGUGAAAAUGAGGGUGCAAGUCUCGAGGAUUGUCCAGAAUUGGUUGACAAAACAACCUAUUCCGAGUUGAAAAAAAGAUUGAGCAUAGACGACUGA